AUGAUUAUGCAGGUUGAAUUUUGUACUAAUGGCUCCAGCGGAGGUGUAAGUAAGGGCACACCCACCACCCCCACACCUGCUGACGGCUGUACUAACCUCCAGGUGGGCACUGUAAUGCUGUACGGUGUGCCGAUCGUCUCGCUCAACAUUGACAACUGCGAGAGGCUUUGUUUGGCGCAGAUCUCCAACACUCUUCUUAAGGAGUUCAGCUACAACGAAAUCCACAACCGUCGGGUGGCGCUGGGCAUCACCUGCGUGCAGUGUACACCUGUUCAGCUCGAGAUCCUGAGGCGUGCAGGUGCUAUGCCUAUUUCAUCGCGGAGGUGUGGCAUGAUCACGAAGCGAGAGGCGGAGAGGCUGUGCAAGUCCUUCCUGGGAGACAACUCGCCACCCAAACUGCCGGAAAACUUUGCCUUCGACGUGAUGCAUCAGUGCGCGUGGGGUUGCCGAGGCUCCUUCGUUCCCUCCAGAUACAACUCCUCCCGCGCCAAAUGCAUCAAGUGCCUCUACUGCGCCAUGUUCUUCAGUCCCAACAAGUUCGUUUUCCACUCGCACCGACUUUCCGACAGCAAAUACGUGCAGCCCGACGCCGCCAACUUCAAUUCGUGGCGUCGGCAUAUUCGUCUGUCGGGAGAGCCGCCUAUCGAGGUCCAACACGCGUGGGAGGACGUGAAAGCCAUGUUCAACGGCGGGACCAGGAAGAGGCUCAUGGCUGCCAAUAGCUCCAUCGAAAGGCCCGCAGAGCUCUCCAUCCUCCCGGGCCGAGAGCAGCGGCCGAGCGACGCGCCUCCGCUUCCGUCCUCCUCCGCGGCGCCGAGUGACAUAGCGUAA